UGGUGUUCUUUUUGCUUAGAAAAAAAAUCAGAACCGCAGUUCAGGAGAUUUGAAAACUACUACUUUUCUUAACAUAACAACUAAACAUCUUAUGGAUGAUGUCUACAACUUUAACAUAAGUGGAUUUGAUGAACCUACAAUAAAACUUGGAAUCCAAGAGUUUCAUCUGACUAAGUUGGAAGCUACUAAGUUGGAAGCUACUACAGAUCUUUCAAAGAAAAUCAAUCAUGAGAAUCAAGGAAAAACCAUAAGCCGGAAGAAGCAAUAUAAUAAGAAUAGAACUAAUAAAAACAAGAAACACCUUUUUAGUGACACAGAUACAGAAUAUAGAGGUGAUGACACUAAGACAGAUAUUAGCUGGAUAAGAGAAUCGAAUAGAAAACCUAAACCUCAUCUUGUAGACUACAGCAGGAUGAAAAAACAGAAGAAAUCUAAAGUUCUGGAAGCAAAGAAAGCCUCUCCAUCAAUGAGUGUGAGGAGAACAUUUCAACAAACAGAAAUCAUAAAUAAUAUGAUGCCAAUUUCUAAAAAUCAAAGUGACAGUGAUAGAGGAAAACAAGCACAACCAACUAGAUUGAAACAGAAGAGAAAAGCUGCACUAGUCAAAAAAAGUUAUAAAGAACUUUCAGAUUCAGAAACUGACAGUGAGGAGGAAUCUUCUGAACACCUACUUAAGAGAGGCACUUUAAAAUAUCCAGAACCUAAAAAUAUAAAAAAGAAAGCUGCUCAUAAACUAAAGGAAAAUCAAAGUAUUGUUUCAAGUGAAACAACCAAAGGAAUCUUGAUAAAUCAACCAAAAAGGUCAAGCAAAUCAAAAGAUUCAGGACUAAAAAGACAAAUGGAUUUAUCGUCUCUGUCUUCAUUUGAAAAUCCAGCUUCUCCUGAGAUACUGAGAUGUUGUGAGAAGUAUGGAUUGGAACAAUCUACUGAAGAACAUAUAUCACCAGGAAGAUCAUCCUUAUCAUCCUUGUUAACACCCGAAAAAGAAUUAAUAUCUGAAAAGGAGAAAUCUUUAGAUGAUAUUAAAAACAUGUCUGGUAUAGCAGAAAUUAAUAAUGAAAGUAUACAAUUAAAACAGCUUUCAGAAAAGGGCAGAAAACUGGUGUUCGGAAUUGAAGAUUUGUCACCAGUUUCAAGUUCAUUUUCUUUGCCCAAUCUUAGCUCCUUAACUACAAGAAAAAAAAAUACUAGUAACCAAGAUGCAGACAUUACUAAACUUGAGGAGAAAACAUAUGAUACCAAUGAAGCAACAAGCACAAAGCAUUAUCCUUUAAACAAAUCAUCUGAUAUAGAACUAAAAGACUUUUCAGAAAAUCCCAUGGGAAGCAGAGGAGAGGCUCCUACAUCUGUAUCUCAGUCAUCUACUCCUAGUAAAGAAGAAUUAUGUCAUGAAGAACUUCUUGCUCAUAUACAUGAAUCUGGGCCUACUGUACAUAGUAAUUUCAAGCGGUUGUAUCAAGAGGAGACAGAAGCUGAUUCUGAUGAAGAAGAAAUCAGAAGAGAGAAAAUGAAAACAAAACUACUUCCUAGAAAGUUAUUUAAAACAGAUGAAAACACUUACAAAGUUUCUGAAAGUAUAUCUACUUUAUCCAUCAAUGACACAACUGGUUUUGAUGGAGAAGGCUGGGAUGCUGACAGUUCAAGUGUAGGAAUGAUUUGUCAGAAGGUUCAUCAGGAGCUUGCUAGAAAAAUCCAGAGCAGAACAAAAAGAAUGGACAGUUUUACAAAGCAGUCAUUGAAAACCACUUACCAGCAUAUGAAUACCAUGAAUAGUGAAUUACAUAAGCAAAGGGCUAAACAGCUGGAAAAUCUUCAUUCCUGUCUGGUUAAAGAGAUUGAAAGCUUUGAAAGAGAUUCACAAGCUUUAAGGAAUAUGGAAAAAGACUUUUCUAACUUUUCAAAGAAGCAGUCUGAAACAUUUAGAACAUACAACAAAAAUGAGCAACAGAGGCUUCAAAAUCUUAAAAUAUCAUUCGAAAAGAACAUUUAUGAUACAGCUGACUGUGAGGAAACUUUUUUUACUUCUAAGAUGCAUCAAAUGAAAGCAGAUAUGAAGGGGAUCCAAGAAAGAUUUCUAAAGGAAAUGCAUGAAGAAGAAUUGCUUAAUGUUCGCAAAGGUCUCCAGUCACUAUUUAUGGAUGAAAACAGAAAUUUCUAACAGUGAAAUGGUGUGUAGAUGUUGGCUCUUCAUUUUGUAAUAAGAGUGAUCUGUAUUCACUGUAUUCAUCUAAGUAUAGACAGCAGACUAUACUUAAAUGUUUUUACAUUAAAUCUUUUUACUGUUUCUGUAAUUUAUGGUGAUAAAGUACUCCCCCCCCCAUUAAAAGUCAUUUUAAUUUUAUAAACAAUGGCUGGAUGCAAUAUGUAGAUGUUAUGUUUCUGAAAAAAAAAGCUGGCUAUAUUAGGGAUAUUUCUAAAAUAUUAUGGCCAGUACAUGAGCUAAACCUGACAUAAAAUGGUAUCAGUACAACUUUCUUCUCCACUUUUCCCCUCUCCUCCCCUCUUCAGCCAUUUGUGCCCUGUGAAAACAAAUUCUGUAGAGUUCUCUAGCUUUCCAGAGCCAGUCUAAGUAAUACACUGGGCUUCAGUGAUUGCCUCAGUCCAGGUUCAGCUGAAUCCUCCUGUUUCAGCACAAGUUUAUCACUGGAUCCUCCCUAAAUUUAGUUAUAACUAGCUCAUGGUUCCAGUAGAAUGUAGUCAUGGUUAACUGCCUCUGUUGAGGGCAAAUUUUCAAGUAAAUUAAUUCUUUUUUAAAUUUCAGAGAUACUGGGUCAGAGCCAGUGAUUCAACCAGUUCCUACAUUUAAUUUUAGACCCUAAACUCAGUUAUUUUGAGGUGGAGAACCCUCAAAGCAGACAUUCUGCACAUGCUUAAAAGGAUGCAUAUUAGUAUGCAUAAAUAUAGGAUGAGUUCUUCUUCCUAUAGAAGCUCUCAUACACCUCUUCUCAAUCCACAUGUACUGCACUGCUUUUGAACCAUUCCCCAAAUGGCAUCUUUCCCAAUGUUCCCUUCUGCCAGUUUGUUCCCUCCCAGCAUCCCAAGCCAAAGUUGCAGCAUUUAUUCUAUUUCAGAAUAUAGCGCUGAAACUUCUUGCUGUUCUCGCUGCACUGUUUUUUCUUGAUUUUCUUUGAAAACAUCUCACCACCAAACUCAAGAUUCUGCACUUCCAACUUUAAACAUUUCUUUCUUUAAUCUGUGUUGAAGAAUAAGUCUGGCUAAUACACCCAAGGGAGGGUAGGAAGAAUGUAGCUGCUUCAGCUUCCUCCUAUUCUGGAAUAGCAUGCAUUGGUUGUGUCUGCAGCACCACAGGGUUGCCAACUAAGGAAGCACAGGCAGGAGGGAUGAGGAAGUUUGCAUGGGUGACUAAGAUCCAUAUAAGCAGUCCAGUGACAAGCAACAGGAGAGAAGAAUGAGAAUAGGAAUAAUUUUAAAUAUAGGCAAAGCUCACUCCACUUGGAUGGAACAAGGAACAGUGCAUGUUUCCAUUAGUGUGAGAUAGUCAAGGCAGCCAGUCAGAAUCAGACACUGCAGAAUUCUUGUGCCAGUGAACACACUGCCAAUUUGUUGAGGCUUAGUGAACAGCAGCAAUUAGUACAUUUAGAAAUGCAGGAAUCUGCCAAUAUUCACUGCAGAUGAUCAGAUUUUUGGAGGCUAUAAUGGGAACCUCAUCUCGGUUGUGAGGAAGUCUCUUGAAUUUCUCCCCCAAAGUAUGACUAGGGCCACCAAUUCUUGGAUCCAAAGUUAGUUGUGCUUAGGGCAGACAUUUACAUUAAGAUUAGCUUGUCCUAUUGAUUUGAAUGGUCCUACGCAUGAGUAAGUCUAAAUUCAACCCAUUUUAGUCUUUAAGUAUGUUCCUAGUUACCAUUAAAAUAGUAAUGUAUGCAUUGUGUAAUUCAGUUGGCAAUUAGACAUAUUUUUGCUAUUAAAAGCAAGUAAGAUGAUGUUUGUGCAUAUGUUAUGUACAUUAUUUAUAAUGUAAGAUUUCAACAAGUAUUUUUUAUAGUCCAGAAUUUUUAAAAUUUGUUAUUUAACUGUAUUGGGAAUGUAUAAUGAAAAUUACAAAAAAUUACAAUUUAGAAGAUUAAUCCCCCCCCCCAAAAAAAAAAGACUGGUAAAAGAAAGCUUUCCUAGUAUGUGAAAUAUACCCUAUUGAUGUAACAGAAAUUUUCUUCUAUGUUGCCAUUUUUAUUUUGUGCCUGAAGCGUCUAUCUGGGGCUACACUAUCUAGGGUUACAGACACUUGGAAAUAAGCACAAUAAUAAGAUGUCUUUCUGGGUGAGCCUGCAUAAGAUAUCUUUGCAUCUUUUCAUGAAUUCACAUAAUAUCUGGUAUGUAACCAUAGGUUAUGCAUGACCCUGAAUCAUGUACUAUAUAGUAUCUACUUUGAAGACUGAGCUGUUAAAAUAAACAAUGCUGUACUUGUUCUUGAAAUA